GAAAGCUAAUGAAUAUGUUAACAUAUCAGUAGUACAUAUAAUCAAGUCCACAUUACGAUCCUUCCCUUCCCUGUCAGUAUCCAGCGGUGAACAGGAUUCAUUCUGCUUUGAAACUACAGAAAAUACACCAUGUCGGAGAAACUACCUUUCAAAGUCGCUGACAUCAGCCUGGCAGACUGGGGGCGGAAGGCCAUCCACAUCGCGGAGAACGAGAUGCCCGGGCUGAUGAAGAUGAGGGAGAAGUACGGCCCCACCCAGCCACUGAAGGGCGCGCGCAUCGCCGGCUGCCUCCACAUGACGCUGCAGACGGCCGUGCUGAUCGAGACGCUGCACGCGCUGGGGGCCGAGGUCCAGUGGUCCAGCUGUAACAUUUUCUCCACUCAAGACCACGCUGCUGCUGCUAUUGCCAAGGCUGGCUUUCCAGUGUACGCGUGGAAAGGAGAAACUGAUGAGGAGUACAUCUGGUGCAUUGAGCAGACCAUCUACUUCAAAGAUGGCCAACCCCUCAACAUGAUCCUGGAUGAUGGCGGUGAUCUCACCAACCUGGUUCACCAGAAAUACCCUAAGCUGCUUUCCGGAAUCCGAGGGCUGUCAGAGGAGACGACCACCGGGGUGCACAACCUGUACAAGAUGCUGAAGAGCGGAGCGCUCAAGGUUCCCGCCAUCAACGUCAACGACUCUGUCACCAAGAGUAAGUUCGAUAACCUCUACGGCUGCCGGGAGUCCCUGAUUGAUGGGAUCAAGCGCGCCACGGACGUGAUGAUCGCUGGGAAGGUGGCGGUCGUCGCGGGUUACGGAGACGUGGGGAAGGGGUGUGUGCAGGCCCUGCGCGGGUUCGGUGCCCGCGUCAUUGUCACUGAGAUCGACCCGAUCAACGCCCUGCAGGCUGCCAUGGAAGGCUAUGAGGUCACCACCAUGGACGAGGCUUGUAAAGAAGGGAACAUCUUUGUGACGACUACUGGCUGUGAGGACAUCCUUUUGGGCAGGCACUUUGAGAACAUGAAAGACGAUGCCAUCGUUUGCAACAUUGGCCAUUUCGACUGCGAGAUCGACGUGAAGUGGCUUAAUGAGAACGCAGCAGAGAAGAUCAACAUCAAACCUCAGGUGGACCGCUACCGCCUGAAGAGCGGACGCCACGUGAUCCUCCUGGCGGAGGGCCGUCUGGUGAACCUGGGCUGCGCCAUGGGCCACCCCAGCUUCGUCAUGAGCAACUCCUUCACCAACCAGGUCCUGGCCCAGAUCGAGCUGUGGACCAACACCAGCAAGUACCCACUGGGGGUCUACUUCCUGCCUAAGAAACUGGAUGAGGAGGUUGCUGCAGCUCAUCUGGGAAAGCUGGGCGUGAAGCUGACCAAGCUCACCGACAAACAGGCCAAAUACCUGGGCAUCCCCCAAGCCGGUCCCUUCAAGCCCGAGCAUUACCGCUACUAACCACCGGGAGGGCAGGAGCCGACCGGCCUCCCCCUCUGGACAGGGGCAGGGGGUCCCGUGGGCAGGGAGAGGGCGUAUCCCUUUACCUCCAAAGCCUAGGCCCUCUACGUAUGUACACCUCAAACAAGGCUGCUCGCGUGCGCUCACAUCGCUGCUCGCGCCCCCUGGUCUGUUCCAGGCUUAGUGUCACCCUUUCGUCCGUUUAUCAUGUUUGCUAUCGAUGUCCCAGUAGCUCUUUCCCCCCCCGUCCUCACCCCCAGUACAGACACUGCCCACCUGUUCUGUAGAACUGCCGGAAGCACUUAAUCAGGCCUGGCCGUCCUCCUCUGGAAACCCCUCUGGCGCCCCCUGUCAGCACCUGGUCGUCACUGCGGCGCUUGGCCUCUCCAGACAAUGAAGUUCAGUAGAGGAGUCCCUCUUCAUGAUGAAGGAUGUGCUUUUCUCAAAUAAAGGGCAGAUUAAACGAA